CGCCCUUCUUUUUUUCGUAAUCAAAAAAUUCACACCAAUUGACAAACAAGCCAACCUUCGCUUCAGGUUCAGCCAACCUCGCACAUGGCGCGCUGCUCCGUCGCCGUCGCGAAACCGUUCUGCGCCACCACCGCGACUCCCCGUCUCUCUCGUCGCGGCCGGCGGCUCUCCGCGAACGCCGCCACCCCGGCCAUGCCCACCAAUAAGGCAGGGUUGCCGGCUCUAAGCAAACCGGCCAAACCAACGCCGCCGCCUCUUCUCUCGCGUCCGAUGCUCCCCGUCCCCACCAACACCGCCACUGACACCACCAGCAGCGACAAGGAUUGCACCAAGAAACCACCGCCGGAAGCUACGGACUCGCAUCCGUGCUCGUCCGGCGCCGGCGACGUGCUCCGCCUGAUGGACGCGCUGGGCAUCCCGCCCGACGAGGACAUCUACAUAUCUCUCCUCAGGGAGUGCGCCGACGCAGCGGAGGUGGCCUCCGUGCACGCGCACAUGACCGCGUGUUGCGCCUCCGAUGCACUUCCGUCGCCGGUCGCCAACCGGGUGCUGCUCUCAUACGCCGCGUGUGGGGAUAUCGAAGCUGCACGCCGGGUGUUCGACGGAAUGCCUGACAGGAACGGCAUGGCGUGGGCGACCAUGGUGUCCGCCUACUCGGACGGUUGCUUCCACCAUGAAGCAAUGCGUCUGUUCGCCCACAUGUGCCACAGGACGCUGGUCCUGGAUGGCGAUUGCUGCUCCCAUGCCAUUCUGGCCGUGCUGCGGUCAUGUAUUCGUGCAGGCGAACUACGGCUCGGCGAGCAGGUACACGCUCUCGUCAUCAAGAAAGGCAGGAUUCUUGGCGACAUUGGUAGCUCGCUAGUGCAGCUAUACUGCGAGAGCAGCGGUCUUCACAGAAGCGCGCGACGAGUUCUCGUGAUGAUGAUGCAGCACCACUGUCAGGAACCAGUCCCUGAGGCGGCCUGGACGAGCCUGAUCACAUGCUGCCACCGAGACGGCCAGCUGAGUGAGGCCAUCGACGUCUUCAGGGACAUGGCGUCCUCCGGCGUUCCAAGGAGCAGCUUCUCCCUGUCGAGCAUCCUCGCGGUGUUCGCAGAGUCACAGAACCAAGGGUGCUGCUGCGGGCAGCAGGUGCACGCCGACGCCAUCAAGCGUGGCGUGGACACGAACCAGUUCGUUGGCUCUGGGCUGGUGCACAUGUACGCAAAGCAAGGGUGGCUGGCAGAUGCCGUCAGGGCGUUCGGGGCGAUCGGUGGCAAGCCUGACACCGCCUGCUGGAGCGCCCUGGCCUUGGCGUAUGCUCGCGGCGGACGGUACAGAGAAGCCACCAGAGUCAUGUAUCAGAUGAAAGCUGCCGGGAUGACUCCUUCGCAAGAGAUGGCCGAUGCGGUUAGGUUGGCCUGUUUCAGAUGAUCGUGAACUACUACUCUACUACUAGUACCAUUGACAUUGACAUUGAGUGAGUUACUUUGAUUGUACAAUUGUGUUAAUCAGACGCCAGCGCACCUGUGUCUGAUUCAAGUAGUUGACGUCGUGUCCCUUUUUUUUUGGCCGAAUCAAAAAACCACUUCUGAGUAGUAUUUGUCUGUAACAUGUUGUGGUUACACUGUACAGUAUUUGCGCCACCACAAAACGGGAUAUCAAUUGUAAACUGUAUUGAGUUUGUUUUAGCUCACA